UCUCAGAAUCGCCGGCGGUGCGCGCGUAGGCGGCUGAGCGCGGGGUUGACUUUGUUUGAUUUUAACGGAUUUUUUUCCGCAGCUUUUUCCUGCUGGGGAUUUUUUUUCAUUAUCCUCUUCGUCAGCUCGUGUCCCGGAGAGACGUUAGAGCCGUCCGACACCCUCACCCCGUACGAUUACGGGGCUCAGAGAGAGUAAGCUUUUUAUGAAAUGUCAAACGGCCACUCCUGCUAUAGUAACGGUUGCAAAGCAGGUCUUGAUCUCAUGGCUGAAGAUUGCAAAGAUCAUGGGGAUGACAAUGCAAGAACUAACUUAAUUGUCAACUACCUGCCACAGAACAUGACACAGGAUGAGCUACGGAGUCUUUUCGGUAGCAUUGGUGACGUGGAGUCAGCCAAACUCAUUCGUGACAAGGUUGCAGGUCACAGCCUCGGAUAUGGGUUUGUGAAUUAUGUGGAUGCUAAAGAUGCAGAGAGAGCUAUUAAUACACUUAAUGGUCUGAGGCUGCAAUCAAAAACUAUAAAGGUUUCAUAUGCCCGACCAAGCUCUGACAGCAUCAAAGAUGCAAACCUUUAUGUGAGUGGGCUACCAAAGACAAUGACCCAGAAGGAUUUGGAGCAGUUAUUUGGACGUUAUGGUCGCAUCAUUACAUCUCGUGUCCUUGUUGACCAAGUCACGGGUAUGUCCAGAGGAGUGGCUUUUAUUCGUUUUGACAGGAAAUCUGAAGCAGAUGAAGCUAUUAACAAUUUGAAUGGGCAUAAACCACCAGGUGCUGUUGAGCCAAUUACGGUAAAACUUGCAGCCAAUCCUAAUCAGAAAACAAAUGCAUCUCUGCUGGCACAGCUGUAUCAUUCACCAGCAAGGCGGUUUCCAGGACCAUUGCACCAUCAGGCACAGAGAUUCAGGUUUUCGCCGAUGAGUGUUGACAAUAUGAGUAGUUUGUCGGGUGUGAACGUUGGUGGUCAUAAUCCUUCUGGCUGGUGCAUCUUCAUCUACAACCUAGGCCAAGACGCAGAUGAGGGAAUCCUGUGGCAGAUGUUUGGCCCAUUUGGAGCUGUGACCAAUGUCAAAGUUAUACGCGACUUCAACACCAACAAGUGUAAAGGGUUCGGUUUUGUAACCAUGACAAACUAUGAGGAGGCUGCCAUGGCCAUUGCUAGCUUGAAUGGCUAUCGCCUCGGAGACAAAAUCCUCCAGGUCUCCUUCAAAACCAGCAAAUCUCACAAGGCGUAAUUUAAAGCUUAUGCGCAUUUGUAAGCAUUUGAUUAGAAAUACACUGCUGAAAGGUGAAUAAGUCCACUAGUGUAAAGCAACUCUUAUUGUUGUGACAGAAGUGUUUUGUCUACCAUUCUAGAAUAAGUGAAAAGGAUUUUUUUUAUAUUACUAUUACUUUGGGAUGCAAUUAACAUGAAAUGUUCAAAUGUUUGAUACUUUUCAUUCCAUACUUUAUCCACCCAUCCAAAAAAGGAAGGGAAAUACCGAACCAAUGCUACAGUUCUGUGGAUUUUGAAAAAUAUCAGUUUAAAUGCAGUACCCUCUCUGUUACUAGUUUUUAAACUGGGAACUCUUGGCAGAAUCUCUUGGUUGUAAGCAGUUUCAUAAACCCACACCCUUUUAGCAAAGCAUUCAUACAUUCAUGAACAUUAAAUAUGCUUGUUUUGUUCCCUUGAAGUUAAUCUGCUGAGAAUUGGUUCAUUUACACUCUUGAGUCAUGUUCGUAGCUAAAAUUUUCUGUACUUUAUAUAAAUGGCAUCUUUGUCCUCCAAUAUGUCUUGAAAAACUGUGCUAAGAAUGAAAAAAAGGCCAAUUGUAUUUGAUUACAUUUACCUUAUAUAGUGCAAGAAUGGAGUGUGGAAGCAUCAACAUAUUUUGCCAAACUUUAAGGUGGAAGAAUGUGGAUGGGAAUUUGUAAUGUUUGAGAAAAUUAAAUUUACCUGCAAGUUCCUGGAGAUUCAAACCUUUGAACAUUUUUAGGUUUGUUGCACCCCAUCUAGUGAACUCCAUUGCAUUUCUUAAUUAACCUUUUUUGUUUUUAUAUAAUUGACAUGCUAAAUUGGGAUAAUGUGUCAGAUUAGAAAAUAAAUGUUUUUCCAUGCAGGUUAGCUGUCAAAACAGAGCUUUGUUAAAAUAGAUUUAAAGACUAAUCUAAAAGUUUUUUCAAACUGCCUUUGAACUUCAUUAAUGUUCUGUUAUAUAAUUUCUUUUCAUUUUGUUUCCUUUGUUUUGUUUGACAAUUGAUUUUACUUUUGCAUUUAUGAUCAUUAAAUUUGUUUUGUUUUGCUCCAAUUUUGUUUUGUUUUUGGGUUUUUUUCUGUUUUAAAGUUCAUUUGCUGUUUAAUGCUUAAAUUUUAUUUUAUAAUUUUACAAUUCAUGGUAGGUAUCAAGGGACCAGUGUGCCAUGAGGCACCUGAUCUUUAGGUAUCCUGCCAAAGAGUUUUACACCUUAUACUGAAGUGGGCUUCACAGAGCAUCUAUUUUUAUAAACAAACUUUUUACAGGAGAGCUAGCAGGGGAUUUUGAAUGGAAAGUUUUGUAUGCCAACCAGUAAAUUUUAAAUAAGCUUCAGCAGAUGGAUUGCUGUAGCUGGCUUUUAAAUCUUGUCAGAAUUAAAUGCAGACACAAAUCCACUGGUCCUGUUUGAACAAGGGCAGGCUGGAAUGAUAGGAAAGUAGAAUUGUUGGCUUAUAUGAUUCGGGAUAGUGCUACGUGAUUUAGAGAAGCUAAAAGUAUGGUACAAAUGAGCUUGAUCUUAAAUUUGUGGUAUAAAGAGCUGACAUUAAAUGUUGUAGCAAUACUUUAAGUCUUUCUUUGUGCCAAAUACCCGACUGCAUUUAAAUACAAAGCAAGAUUUUGAGUGUCUUUUAAAUUUUUUAAAUUCACCUAGAAGAAACAGCUGUGGAAACAUGCAGUUCACUUUUCAUCAGUAAAUAUUGGAUUGUAAGAAAUUGUAGGAAAGUUAUUACAAUUUCGGGCAUCUGAGGGGAUCAAGACCAUCCAAUUAGGGGAGAUUGAAGGGUUUCUUGCUUCUCAUUACAGGACACUUUCCUGCUAAUGUUGCUGCUUUGAGUAUCUGAUCUAAUUUACUUUUAUUUAGAUAACAAAAUGCUUACAGAAAUCUUUUAGAAUUUACUUGAAAGUUUUUACUUGAAAAUCAAAUACAUUUGGUAGAAAAUGGAAGGACUUUUUCCAAAAUAUGAAUAGUACUUAAAGUAAAAUGUACCUGAACUAGUUACUGAAGUCUGUUGAAGAAAAAUAACAGAACACUUAUUUGUGUUGACUAUCACCACAAUAGUCAUCUCUAAUUUGAGGCUCAUUAUUCAUCAGUGCAAACUGAUUUAUUAUUCAACCAGUUAAAUAUUAUUCAGUUUACUCAACUACAUUCAGCACUUGUAAGACAGUCUUCUGGUGAAAUGAGAAUCUGUCUGACAGUUUGGGUAAUUAAUGGUGAGAUCAAGUUUACAUAGAAGUAUGAUUUAGUUAGGUCUUCGUAAUAUUCAGUAAUAUACUACUUUGCCAUAAGAACUAAAAGUGACAUAUUCCUUUGGGUAUUUUGUAAAUGAUUAAACUGACAAAGUUUUUGAUACCUACGAUAUCUCCAAGUGGAAUUCUGGACCAAUUUUUCAUGAAUGACAAGUUGAUUAUUCCACACUAAGUGAAUUGUCAACAAUUUAAGGAAAUUGGAUUGGUGCUUUCCAGUUGAAGGCCAUUGUGCAAUUAGGUUGGACAUAUGAUGGCCAUUGUUCUUAACCUUCCAUCUGACACAUUUUAGAACAUCACUUUAGAGCCUGUAGGUUAAUUUAAAACCUGCAUCCAUUUUUUAUAAUUCACAUUUUUCUUUUGUUUAUUUACUGAAUAGUAUCAAGUUAGUAAGGAUAGGUUUCUACCUAAUACCUUUAGUGUUUAUGGUAUGAUGUAGGAUAAAUAAUCUCAUGGCACUUCUUAAAAAGUCUAAAUGAGUUAGAUGCAGCAUCUAUCAUAAUUGAAUAUUAGAGUUGGCAGCCUCUGGCCUAGCUUACUCUGCUUUUGUGGAUGGAGGGGUAUUGAUUAUAUAUUCAAAAUUAUAUAUCCAUAUAUCCAAAAGUAUUUGCUUUAUCCAAAGCAGAAACAAAGUAAAAGAGACCAACCAUGGGAUAGCAUCUACUGAUAGGUCUGUGACAGAUCAGUCUGUCUUUCAAAGUAUGAUCCAUUGCUUUGCUUCCAAUUCCUGAAUAUCAAUUAGCAGAAGUUGUACUAGUUUUCUAAUAUUGCAAGUUCUCAGUUGUCAAUAACACUUUGAUUGCAGAAUGUAAGUGUAGCUAUAAAGUAUUUUCCUGAAGUUUAGAUAUAUUUAGUGUUAUUUUUUAAUGUGUUUCUGAACAUUCUUUAAAGAAGGCUGUUCAGUACACUGAAUAGCCACAGUUCAGUCACUGAAUCUAUAUGAUAGUUAAACCCCCCCCCCCCCCCCAUUUUAUUUACAGUUCUGUUGUCGAUGUGAGUUACUUGCAUGUAAUGCUUGGACUGGAAUGAUAAUGAAAUGGAACAGUAAAUUACCAGUAAAAUUUUCAGUGACAGUUGAUCAUUACGAUCUAAGCUUACAGAUUGAUAGUGCCAAGCCGGCUAUCUUGAUAAAGCAUGCAAUCAUAGCUCAGAUAAUUGGGUUUCAUAUAGUUAUUCCUAAUUUGUAAUCUGGUAUAAAAUAAUUCAUCGAGGUUAAAGAAAAACUAAUCAUAUACAGUAUGCUGGAAUCCAUUCCUUGUGAUUUGGUCUAUUGAAGAAUAGGUAGCAUAUACCCUAAGGUAUGUAUUUAAUAUUCAGACUCUACAGCACCCGCUUCCACACACUUCCAGAAUUUUUUUUACUUUUACUGAAAGUGUUUACUUUCAGAAUAAUUUAUUUUGGGUAAGAUAUUAUUUCCAUUACAUCAAUCUUUUCUUUUAGUAAGAAAAGAGCUAAGGUUGAUUCAGAUUCUAGAGUUAAAUCACUGCAAAUAUUGUAAAUGCAUCUUUUAUUGGUUAACUGUUGCUUGCUUGGAUGACAUAAUUGUGACCAUGUUAAUCUCUAAAUUCCAUCCCAUUUCACAUUCGGGCUAUGACAUUUUAAAAUUGCCUCAUUAUUAAUAAAAUCUUAAGGUAGUUUUGAAGGUCAUUUUUGUGCAAAGCAGCCAACAAUUCAUUUUUAAAUAAUGGGCUGUGAAUCAGAAAAGUCCAGAGUUAAUGCCCUCCAGGUCUUGAGUGAAGUGAAGCAAUUCACCUUGAUGUACUUAAGUUGGGGGAAGAAAUCUGUCACUGAUUCCAUAAUAAACACUUGUAGGAAGUGAUUUUUGAUGAAGAUAGAAUGUACAUGGGUAUGAUCUUUUAAUAUUUUUGUCACUCUACCCCAUUGGUUUAAAAUUCUGUGCUGAUGUGGCACAUGUGAGUGAUGGUUGGUAGGCAUGUGAGUGAAGAGCUCGAUGCCAUCACAGAUCUUUAACUUUUGGGGAAGUGUUGGGUCGGAGGAUUCCAAAUGAAUAAGGGAAAUGAUUUGACCCUGUUAUUAGGCAAGUUUUAUUGCAUUUUGCACUUGCAGUAUAAGCUAUUACCUCAUUAAGAAUCUAGCCUCCCAACUGAAAAUGUACAUCUUUAACAUUCUUAGUAAAUAAAUUUAUAUCCAAGCAAUAUUGAAUUCAUUUAGUAACAAUGUUAAUUAUUUUUCCCCAUUUUGCUGUAUUUGUUAUAAUUGUAACCUAUUCACAGUUAAUUUCAACACUUGAGAAUGAGUGAGUGAGAUUGGGGAGGAGGGAAGAGGGAGCAUGCAGAUUCACUUAUGCGCAAAAGGAUAUCCUUGACAUAUAUUGAGUGCAUGUUAGCCUUUCUAAGAGAUUUACUUUGUUAUGUACUUUAUUGUAAAUAAUAGUUUCAAGAGGAAUAAAGACAGCUUCAAGUAUCUGGCCAGGCUUGUCAGCUGAAAGGUUUUCUAUUUGAAAGGUUCAAUGCUAGUGUAUGUUGGAUCCUGCAUCUGAAAUUAAACAGCUGAAAUUGAGACAGGACCAGUGGAUAUUAAACGUCUCUAAUAGUUGAAGUGCAGGCCAUGCCAGUGGACCUUUAAAUUCUUCCUCAUUCCCAAACAAAUAGGCGGUAUUUUAUUUUAUGUUUAAACAAAAGGCAAAAAAGGGCAUUAUGUGUCUACCACAAUGAUAUUGGGAGUACAAGUAGGACCAAGGGUUAAUUAGCUCUACUUGAGAAAAGAAUGCACCUUCUGAUACUGCUAUGGUGAAGUUAGUUGACCAUUAAAGUAGAUUGACAGCUGUACAGGGCAUCUCCUUUAUUUUAGUUGCCUCAUUUUUUAAUUUUAUAUCUUCAGUCAUAGUAUUACAUAUAGAAUACUUAUGAUGUUUUUGUUUUUUGCAUUGUGCUUGUUAUUAAAAACUUCAGGUUAAUUUAUAGUGUAGAAUGCUGAAGGCAUCUUGCACUUCAAUCCAGCACCCAGGUAUUAACAAAAAAUGUAGCAAUCUGUUUAAUGCUUUUUUUUCCCUUUGUGUGUGUGUGUAUAUAUAUAAUUUAUGCACACCAUAAAUUCAAGCCCCAUGACUUGCUGAAAAUGCAGGAAAAUAAAUGCUGCAAAAAAAAAAAGAUUUUAUGAUCCUUCUCUCUCCAAACAGAGGAAAUGGUUUAUAUUCAUUGUUAAAGUCAUCCUGUUUUACUUUAUGGCUUAAUUUUGAACAGCCUUUGUAGUGAUCUCACAAAUUUCAACUGUACUUUUAUUAUAUAUAGAGGCAACAAGCAGCACUUUAACAGCAAGUGUAGCCUUUAACAGCUUUUAUUAUCCUUCAAAAUUAUACAGUUGUGCACAGAUGUUCAGCCAUGAAUAGUUGCAGUUGUCAAACUUAAUAUAAUGACCAUAUCCUAAAUGAUUCAAAGCCUCACUUGACAUUUGUAGCACAGUGGUCUUAUUUAGGUAUUAUGUUCAGUUGGGGAUAACCAUUUUCAAUUUGCAAUUUAAUGAAAUCAACACUAGAGAAUAAUGAACAUGGUGUAGUUGUAAGUACGUGGAUAAGAGAGUGGAUUUUCCAGCUUAAUCAGAAGAAAAUGAACAUGACCUGGACUUCAAACAGUGAAAAUUAAUUAGCAAAAGUUUGAAUUUUGGCAAAGUGUCACAUUUCUGUAAAAUGAAUAUGAUGGUCACAGAUUAGCCAUUGAUUUGUACUAAUCUCCAUUCUAGCUGGUAGCUGUGCUGAGAAGAUUUUUGGUAGAAGCAUAAGUGCUUAAAUUAAUUUUUUAAUAAGAGGUAUGAUGGAGUAAUUUGAACAAUAAAUUGCAAAGUAAUUUGCCCAGCCCAUUUUUAUAAUUUUGAUUGAAUUCAAAAUUCAAUCAAUUUUUGGUCUUAUUAAAAUUAAGGCUAAUUUAUGUAUUGCCUUAUGUGUGAUACAGGAUCACAAGUUCUAAUGCAUGCAUUGGCAUGUGCCAUGAGAAAGAUGACAUGGGGAUUUGAAUCUUGCAGGUUGUAACCAGGUUCAGAUGCAUGUAUACCCAAAAUAGUUUUCACUUUGGCUGCAAGUGUUUUAUAGCCUGUGUACAUGGUUGUUCUUUCAGAUGUCUUUUUCCCUUUCACUUGAGCCAAUUGCAAACUGACUCUAGUUCUGUAAUCCAAAUAAGGCUAAAGUCUGGGUGAACAAAAAUUUUGAAUUUUAAGAAAUGUUGAGGUUUAAUAAAUACUCAUAUAGCUGGUUAGAUGUUGUUAUAAUAUAGUGCCAGAAUAAACAUAAGACAAGGCUGUAGCUGUUUGAAAUGAAAAUACAUUGUAUCUAAUAAUGCCACUAACUUCAAUAUUCAGCACUGCAACUACUAAAAAGUGGACAGCAAGAAGCACAACAGAGCUGGGAAUAUUCCAGGAUUGGAAAAAUAUUACGAACCAGAUUGGAUGUUUGUCUGAAGUACCCUUAGUAGUUUUGAGAUCUAGUCAAAAUGAAUGGGCGGGUGUAAUAUAUUUUAAAGUUGUAUGUUUUUUUUUCAAGACAUUAAGUAAUGCAUGGCAGCUAGUCGGGGUUAUUUUUACUAAUGCAGUACAAUAUAUAGUUCCUGGCAAGAUGGAUGUGCCUGGGCUUAAUGUGUACUGUAAGUUCAUGGAUGUAAAUGUUUAAAUACUGUUGCUUUAUUUUAGUUUGCUAUCAGACAAAAGCCAGACGAAGGCUGUUUUAAGUUAUUAAACAUUUUGUACUUAAUUUAUUUUCUCACCAAUAUUAAAUUAUGUUUGAUUCUGUUUUAAAAGAAAAGUCUGACUGAACUCUUGAUUUGCUUUUUUUUUUACAGUUUCUGAAGGGAAAAGUAGUGGUCAUAGGUUUCAUAUUCAGAUUUUAAAGAUAAAUUGGGUAUCCAUGAUCAUCUUGAUUUGCCUAAAAAAUUUAAAUUGUUUGAAUUAGCAUUUCAAAAUGCUUUGACUUAUCUUCUCCCCACCCUCACAGAUGUGAAAUCAGUAUGAGUAGUACAUUGAUGUAGCAAAUGAUGGCAGUGUCACCUAUUGAUGUUUGCGCUGUUGUCAUUGUUUUUCCGAUGUUUCACUCAAAUUUUAUUGGAUCAGUUUUGGCCCAUAAUGCACUUGUAUCUAAAUACUAUUUAAACAUUUGUGUUUUUCUGCUAAUUUGUUCAGUUAAAAGCAUUAUAAUCUAAGGACAUUAUUAAAUUUAAAAUAGGGAUUAGAUUUGUAUUGUGUGGUGAAUUGACUGGUCCCUAAUUAACAAUGAAAAUUCUAAACUGCAGUUGACCUAACACACUACUUCCUGAUGUGUAUUUUAGUUCUCAAAAUUAACCCAUUAAAAUAGAAUUGAGUUGCAUUUUGGCUAUUAAAUUGUGAUAUACUUUAUAUUAACAUAUACGUCAUCUUUAACCUGUGAAGUAAUUAGUCAGUUGAUUGAGAUAACCAGGAACAGAUCUAACUGGGGUAGUAAUUUUGUUUUUAAGCAAUCCAGUUGGGCUGUGGAUUCAUUGACAAUUGUGUAACUUUGGAUUUUGGCAAACUUAUCUAACUCCAUAUCUGAUGUAAUUUUCAACUGUUAAAAAAGGCGACAUCCAUUUCUAACGUGCCAAGAAUCAGUGAGUCUACAGUAAAAUAGUACACUGGCUGGGUGAAUAUAUGCACUUACGCUUUUAUAAAUUUGUAGUAGAAAGUUUGAUAUUACUUGGCCGGAUCAAACUGAUCUCUUGUGUAUUUGGUUGAACUUAGUCUUCUGUUUUUCAGUUUUUACCAAUUGAUUUCUGUGAAUGGUUUUGCUUUUUGUCUAAGUUCUAUUUGUAGGAAAUGUGAAAUGUCUGUAUAGGUCAGCUUUAAUUCACCAAUCGGUGCCUCAACCUCUGGUGAUCAGAACACUCUGCAGAAAUUUCUUGGAUUUGAAGAGAAAUAGCAACAAGCUUCCAACAAGCUACUUGUGAUUUAUGUUAAUAUGGUUACCACACUUACUUUAAAAGCUCACAUUUGGCCUUUAGCUCUUUACCUUGUGAAAAUGGAAGUUAUACUUUGUGAUGUCAUUAACAGUGCACUUGAGCAUAUCUUCAUCAACUCUUUAAAAAAAAAUUGAUGAGGUGAGAAGAUUGUACAGACCAGAAGCUGCAAAUAUUAAUGUGGCUCAGAAAUUGAAAGUCACAAAAUAACUUCAAGCAUGUAAUUUGCUGCUUAUUUUACAACUAAGGAGUGCUCUUGAAGUAGUCUAUGCUUAUGCCUCUAAGACAGGUAUUAGCAAAUAGAAGACUUAGAGAGCUUUAAGAAUGAGGAUAAAUCUCCAUUGAUAACUGGUGGUGUGGUUGUUUUUGGAAUAGUUACCAAAGUUCCUAUACCUGUUCCAAAGUUCUUGUACUGUUGAAUUACUGUCAAAGUUCAUCUGCGAGCAAGUGCUCUACUGUUCUUGCAACAUCUAAUUAAAAAAAAACUGGUUGUACAAGACCACUAGGAGUCAUUGGGAAAGUGUCAGAGAUUGGAUGUUAUUGUAUGGUGAUCAUGUUUCUACAAUGAAUAUCACCAUCUUGAGUUGUGAAACAUCAAUAAUCUUCAAAGGAUCACAAUUAUAAAAGUUGUAUCAUAGUUGGAAAUUUUUAUGAUUAGUUCAUCUGGGAGCCAGGUCUUUUUUGCUCCCUUGAAUUUGAGCAGCUGAGUCAAGACCUAGAUUUAGAUUUUAGGCCAUCACUCACUCACUGCAAAAAUCAGAUUAUUAAAUGGGAUUUGAGGAAGUAUGUGGAAAUAGGCAUUAAUUAUUCAUGUAGAUUUGUAUAACAUGCAAGGCUCUUUUACUUAUUGGCAGCUGUGGUAAUUAAAGAAUUAUAUAAUUUACAUUAAGAAUUACCAUUCAUAUGAAAAUUAAAUUUCAAAACAUUGAACUGUUACCAAGAUCUUGUGGUCUGAUAUAUACUACUGUUGGUAUUAAAUAUUUUAUUGAUGAUUAUUCAUCCCAGAAACACAAAUGUGGAUUCACAGAUGUAUAGCAAUUUAUGCAAUUAUACAGCAGAAAAUAGAUCUUUUCUAUCUACCCCUCUGAAUAUCUUUGAAGCACAUCUGUCACAUCCUUUAAUAGCUAAUUCAAUAUCGCCGCCAACCGAUAUUUUUUGUGGGGUGUGGAUGUACUUGGCCUGCAUAUUCCCUUUAAAUCUACCUUCUCACCUUAAACAUGUGCCCUCCAAUUUUUGACUCCCCUACCUUGGGAAAACAUCUUAUCUACCCAUCCUAAAAACUGACUAACCACAUUGCCUGUGCCACUCAAUUCUAUAGACUUUUGUAAGGUCACUUCAGUCUCCUUGCUCAGGAGAAAACUGUCACAGCCUAUGCAGUCUUGUAACUCAAACCCUCUUGUCAAAGUGAAUCUUUUCUGCAUCUGUAGUUUAAUCACAUCCUUUAGCAUGACAACUAAAGCUGUACACAAUACUCCCAAGUGUGGUUUACUAUCUGUACAAUUGUGAUUUGACAUUCUACUCCUAUACUCCAUGCCUUGGUAUACCAUAUGGCUCCUUCACCACUCGGUUCCAUGGAACAUUUGUAUGCCAACACUCCCCUGAUUCUGUCAUUCACUGUGCAUGGUCCUGGCGUGGUUUAACUUCUCAAAAUGCAGCACUUGUGAGUUGAAGUCCAUCCCUUAUCUACUUUCCUGGAAGAUCUUGAACUUAUUAUUGUACUCAAGUGAUUGUGAAGAUCAUUUCUGAAGUGUUCUUACUCAUGUUAGAGGUAAACUUGGCAAUUUGGUAGUGCCAAAGAAGGUUUCACAAUUAAUAUAUGACCCAAUCUCUUUGUGAUGAGGAUUCUGAAAAAAAAUAUUCCUUAUUCUUCAGGUAAUGCCAUGGUGCCUUUUGAUGUCCACAAAUAGAUGGGAUGGGUAGGAUUGAGGUGCCUUUGCUUCGCAUGCAGUGCACUGGAUUCUUCUGACACGGGCAUGAGGGCGAUGUGAACCAGGCAGGCAAUCUAUUAAUUGGGAAGGAACACCUCUAAUUUACAGUUAGUAGUUAUAGUCAGAUGGAGUCACUUGUUAUCUCUGUACCUAACAAAGUGAGCCACAAACCUCCAAAAGCCUGGAAUCAGCAUUCAAAGCAUGCAGAAUUCUAACUGUUAGCGUGAAUGCAAGCUGUUCCAGAACAAAAUUGGUCCAUAUCACAGCUUGAUCUCCGUAAUUUUGGCCAUGUACUUUGUAUACAAAGUUGAAGGAAUAUAAAACAAGAUUAACCAACUUCUGCCUCCACCAAACACACACAAGUAUAUUGGGAUAAUGUCAUAGAACAUUACUACAGCACAAACGGGUUCUUUGGCCCAUUUAUUCCAUGCCAAAGGAUUAUUCUUAGUCCCAUCAAUGUGCAACUCCAUGCCCUUCGCUGCCGUAUACUUAUCCAAGCUUUCUUUAACUAUUGCACCUCAAUCCAUUUCCACCACUUGCGCUGGCAACUCAUUCCACACUUUCUACUCUCCAAGGGAAAUGGUUCUUCUUAAAUAUUUCACCUUUCACCCUUAAACUAUAACCUCUACUUUUAGAUUCACCCAACCUCUGUGGGAAAAAUCUGCAUUUACCUUCAAAACCUCAUUAAAUCUCCCCUCAUUAUUUUGCACACCAGGGAAUGAAAUCCUAACUUAACCCUCCCGAUAACUCAUGUCCCAGUAACAUCCUUGUAAAUGUUUUCUGUACUCUCAAUCUUACUGACAUUUUAAUGAACGAAUCUUGUGGUAGAAGUGAUGCUGUAAUGAACUGAAACAGUAUUUUAAAAUCAUCUUGAGCAUUUCAGUUACAAAAAUCUACAUUAAUAUCACCUUAGAUUUUUUUAGGGACAAAAUAUAGAAUUGAAAUUAUUUGUCCCAUGUGCAUAUGUGACAUUAAAUUUCGUUUAUGUGUUUUUUUCUGUAGUUGAGGAAGGGGUGCUUUUUCUUAAAAUACAUGCCCUUUAAAUUAAAUAACACUGUCCAUUGUAUGUUGAAUUUAUGAGACAAGAGCCACAUAUUUCCAAGCUACAAAUUAGAUAUUUUAUUGAGUUUGCAUUACUAAUGGUUAGCAGUAGAUAAAGGAUUGAUGGCAACCAGACUGGUUCUACUUCGAGGUCAGAAGUAGACUAUAGCUGAAAAUCAGUUCAUGCUGUCUUGACAAAUAUAUACCAACUGAAACUAAUAGUGGAAGCAAAGAACCACAGCAGAAAUGAUGGAGAAUGAAUGGCUGAGAUUUUAAUUUCAUAUAUUCAGCCAUGCAAUACUUUUCAGUUGCAGUGGUUUGAAUAAUUAACUACAGGAUUGUAAAGGGCAUUUAUUAACUUGUCUCAUAUUGAAUAAAUGUGUUUUAAAAAUGAAGCACUAAUUGUGGCCAAAUAGAUGGAUCUCUUUUCAACCCAAGAGGCCAAGUAUGAAUGUUCAAGUCAGAGGAAAACGGUCAUUAAGAACUGAUGUCACAUUCUUUUGCUCAUAUUUUAAGCAGAGAAUCAUUCGCAUUCCACUAAAUUGUGAACUACUGUACAAUCCAAUUAACCUUUUUUUAAAAUAUUUAUUGCUGAGACUGACACACAGAUCUAAUUGGUCUGCAAUUUUGAACUUUAACUACAGAAGUAAUGUGCAAUUCCUACAAUCUGGGUCAAAAUGAAUAAUCAAUUUCUAAAAAUGUUGUGUUAAACCAUGUCAAAAAAUCAACGUGGCACUUGUGCUUACUAGUUAUAUAAUUCUGUCCAGAAUUUACUUAUGAUGAACAAAGUGCCCAAAAAAGGUCUGCCUGAUUCAGGCGUAACACUAUAUUUUAGGCAUAACACUAUAUUCUAUAUUUCAGUAAUGAAAUGAAAUUCAUAGUAGGUGAAUGAUUUUUAAAUCUUCACUCUGAAUUGUAUGUCAUCUGCACAGGAGUACUUUGUAUUGGGGUUAUUAGGAAUCUUGCUGUACAGUUUUUUUUAUAAGAAGUUACUGUUUUUAUGAGCAAUUUUCACUAAAAUGCAUAAUUGUUAUAGUGUCCAGUGAAAAAGCAGCAGGCCUGAAGUAUGUAGACUGGAAUAAAUGCUCUUUGAAAUAACACCAGGCUCCUUUUUGAUAACCUUUUUAUCUAGUCUAUUUUCCAUUUUGAUUAUCUUUAUUUUGCAUCCAAGCUUGAUAAUUAACCUAUUCAUUUGGAAACUUUUAAUGGCACACUGAGGUCCUACACAGCUCAUAGCUUCAAUCUAAUGUGGAAUGAUACCACCCAGAAGAGGGAUUGUGUUCUCACCUAUAAAUGGGUUCUGGGGUCAGAUCACAGCCUGGGUUAUUACACUGCCAAAUUAACUGUACAUUGGUUCCUAAGGGCUAGAUAAUUAUGACCGGUGGGUGGGGGGGGGGGGGGGGGGGAGAGAAUAAAAUUUAACCAAGGAAGUUGUACUUAAGUUGUGAACUGCUAGCUAAAGCUAACUACAGCACAAACCUUGAUUAAUGUUUAACUUAACACAAAAUAAAUGAGAGAGACUAGUAUUCGUAUCAGAAUUUAGUGUGUGUGUACCUGGCACAAGGAUGUUGGGAUGGGGGAUGUAUGACUAUGGGGCUUGAUUCUGAAUUUUGAACAUUUUUUUGAAAUAACUAUUAGCUCCUUUUGACCUACAUUGAAUACAGACUCGUAUCAGUUAAGUAGAAAUUUAUUUAAUAUCUCUUUAACCUGACCUCUAUCCUUCCUUCAACCUAUUUGAUGUUUGUUCUCCUUAAUACUUGUGUCCUGACUACAACCUAGUUUGCGUGUUUCCAGUUUCUAGUCCACCAGAUUGGCAAUAGAGCUCAGAGCUAUAUUUAAUCAUAAAAACUACAAACUGUUCCUUGGUCUGCAAAUGAUCAUUGCCAUUAAAUCCCUGCAACUAUGAGGAUUUAAUGCAACAGUAAUUGUAGAAGAAAAGCAAGUGCAGCCCCUUAAGUAGCCAUUGCACUGAUUUCACCAGUUUCUCUGCUUCUGCUAAGAUUCUCUUCUAUUGUGGGACCAGGUGCAUUCCAUUUUCACUCAAGUGGGUAUCCCUCAUGAGCCAUGACAGUUGCAUUGUGGUAAGUUCUGAUUCUUGCAUGUUUGUAACUUGCAGCAGAGAUUUUAGGUGUUAAACUUAGGUGAAUUAACUCCUUAACUCCUGCACUCUCAAACCUACACCAUUCCCAUAUUUAUAACUAGCUAUUGGAAGACAAACAACUGAUUUGCUUCCCUUUCUAUAGGCCAUGGCUUACAAGUUUCAGUUCUAAAGGUUAGGUUCUUUCGGCUGUUGCCUUAUUUUCCAUACUGUCCUUGGCUUCUUUGCUUUCUGUAAGGAGUUUGUAUGUUCUCCCCAUUAACUGGGUGGGUUUUCUCCAGGUGCUACGGUUUCCUCCCAUGGUCCAAAGAGGUACUGGUUGGUAGGCUAAUCGGUCAUUGUAAAUUGUCCCAUGAUCAGGCUAGGGGUAAAUGGGAGUUGUUGGGUAGGGCAGCUGGAAGGGUAGGAAGGGCCAAUUUCAUGCUGUAUCUCAAGAAAUAAAAACUACCUGCACUGCUAACUACGUUGAAAAUGGCAAAUAACAAAUUCCUGUUUACAACAUGUCUUAGCUUUUAUAGUUAAAUAUGGAAAUUGUAAUCUAUAAACAGCUCAACUGAAUUUAAAUUAUAAAAAUCUGUUUAGUGAGCCUUCUAAAUCCUAAAAUUAAUAUUGACCUGGACAAUUUAUAAUAAAUGAAAUUUGUUCCAAGAUUAUUAUAUGUCCCCAAAUUUCCACUCAGUUCAUAUUGAAGAUUUUAGAGAACCUUGACUUAAAGGCUUGCAUCAGUCUCUGAAACUCUUAAUAUUUUGCUUGGGUGACUUCAUUGUUAAAAAUAUUACAAAAGCAACUAGAUUCAGAUAGAGUGCAAUCAUCAAUGUCACUACCCAGCUUCUAGCUGGAAGUAUAUUGAGAGAAAUGGUAAGGAGAUUAGACCUAUCUAAGUAACAUUUUGGAAAGCCCAAGUCCAUCGUUCAUUUUGCCUCAUUAAAAAAUAUCUUCCCCCAGCCCUUCCUGCAAGUGUACAUAGAGUUCAAGUGAAAGAUUGGUAAAUCCACACUUGAAUAAAACUUGAGUAAUUUCCCAAAGGCAAGACCUGGAUUUAAGUUUUCUUAAUAUUAAUGUAAUUGCGUUGGAUUGUUUUUGUCUGUUUCCUAUUGCUAUCAUCCUCUAGACAAUUUGGAAAGGAAUGAAUCUCUUGGUUAAUUCAAAGUUUUUUCUAUAGUACUAUUGAAUUACAAAGAGAAACUUUGGCUAUCUAAACAGCAUAAUUGAAUUUAAAAUAUAACAAAUAAUGGGGAUUUAAGGGAGGGCAAGAGGUGAAAUCGGGUCUUUCUCUAUGUUACUUGAGAUAUCAGAAAGCAACACACAAAAUGCUUUAGGAACUGAAAAGGAAGGUGCAAGACACCAGAAGAGGAUGAAUUUGAUAGGAGUUGAGAUUGACUGUAGAUGAAAGGAAAGGAGGAGGAGCACUGGGGGAGGUAAUAGGCAGUUGAGAGGUCAGAGUGGGGAAUAGAUGAAGAGGGGAUGUUUUUUUUAAACCAGAAGUUGAAGUCAAUGUUUAUGCCAUCAGGUUGGAGGCUCCCCAGAAAGAAUGAGAAGUUGCUCCUCCACCCUGGGAGCGGCACCAUCAUGACAAAGAGAAGGCCAUGGACUGACAUGUCAAAACAGAAACGGGAAUAGGAGUAAAGUGGUUGACCAUUCUUGGCAGCUGGAACGGAGGUGCUUGACAAAGUGGUUCUCCGAUUGAUGUCGAAUCUUACCAACGUAGACGAGGCCCUAUUGGGAGUAGAUGACUCCAGCAGAUUUGCAGAUGAACUGUUGCCUCACCUGGAAGGACUUUGGGCCCCUGAAUGGAGGCAAGGGAGGAGGGAAAUGGGCAGAUGAGCCAUUUCGGUUGCUUGCAGAGGUAUGUGCAAGGAGGGAGAUUAAUGGGGAGGGACAAAUAGACAACAAAAUCCCUGUGGAAUGCAGAGAAGAGGGGGAGGUAAAGAUGUGUUUAGUGAUAGGAUCAUGUUGGCGGAAGUUGUGGAGAAUGACGUAGAAUGUGGAGGCUCAUGGGACGGUAUGUGAGAACAAGAGGUACUCUCCCUAACAGGUGGCAGGAAGAUGGGAUGAGUGCAGAUGUCCUAGAAAUGGAGGAGAUGCAAGUGAGGGCAGCAUCAAUGAUGGAAGAACUGUAAGCUUGUUCACUGUUUCUGUAACUUGCUCAGGGAUUCCACUUUUGAAGGAAUUUCAAAUGAACAUGUGUUCACUACCCUUCCAUUAGCAAAGAUAAGGUAAUGCACGCAGAGGCUACCUUAACUUUCUUCCUGUUCUGAAAUCCUAACAGAUAUAUGUAGCAUGGCAUGAAUCUUGUCACUUUAAGUUAGUAAAAAUGUUAAUAAUUUGCAUGCCAUUUAAUGAAGGGGCAUACCAUUAGAAAUUGGUAAAUUGGUUUAUUAUUGUCAUAUAUCCUGAAGUAGAAUGAAAAACUUGUAUAGUGUUUGUACAAAUAAUUCAUUACAACAGUACAUUAAGGUAGUACAACCUAAACAAAAAUUAACAAUAAACAAUGUUACAGAGAAACUGCUCUGCUGAUAUAUAUGGUGCAUGGUCAUAAUGAGUUAGAUUGUAAAGUCAACAGUCUAUAUUAUUGUACUAGGGAAGUUAUAACAUUGCGAUAGAAGCUGAUGAAAUGGUAUUUCAAGCCUGGGUUUUACCAACAAUGAAUUACAAAACCUAAUUCCAUGUCUACUGAAUCAGUUAAUAAAUGAACAUUGAUGGUCUAAUCUGAAACAGUUACAAUGUACAAGUAAUUCCUCCCCAGCUCUACCAGUGUAUGGAGGACGUUGACCCACUAAGUACUUAAUAUAUAAUUAGUCUAAAGUUUACUUGCAUCAGUUCUACUCUUAUUCCUAAACCUGUUGCCCAAUGCUGAAACUGGUCAUUAGAUUUUACCAAGUGAUGUGGCCAUUAUUAAUCUCUAGGUGGUAGGGGAGUACAGCUGAUGACGCACAUCUUUAUCCCAGUGUUUGCCUGUCAGAAAAUGAGUAAUGCAUUUCUGCUCCCAGUCCAAGCUUACAGAACACUCCUGCUGCUAUAGCAAUAAACUGGCACAAUAGACUUGGCAAAUUUCUGCCCCUCGGGCUCAGAGCUAUGUCUACCCGGUCAACCAGACCAUGUGUUACAAUAGUGCUGCUGGUGGAAAUUUGCUCUUAUGGUAGUGAUUUAUGAAUUUCAUAAAAUCUGGAAUACAAAGUUUAAAAAAAGCACUAUGAUCUUUGUGGAAAAAUUAAAUAAUUUAUUUGCCUGAAAUGUUAAUUUUUUUUCUACAGAAACUGCCUAACCUCCUGAGUCUAGUAUUUUCUCUUUUUUUUUCCAGAUUUCCACCAUCUACAUUUUUUUAAUUUUUCAUUUAAAAUGGUGUGUGUGGUACAGUUAUGAAUACCUUCUGAAAAGUGUACCCUUUCAACUUUCUCUGUGCAUAAUGGAGCACUGAAAACAGGAAUUUUCAAACCACGACGAUGGAGGAGCUCUACAAAAGAUUUCCAUCACCAAGCUUCCUGCUCAAUAGUUUAAUGCAAAAGAGUAGGACAGAAGCUGACAAGUCUGAAGUAUAGAUAACUUAUUUUCAAGUUAAAGAUCAUCUGACAUUUCAGUACACUGUUUAAUAAUUAAAGCACUUGACAGUGUU